AUGCAUUCCUCAACCUCCCUCAUGGCUUCAUCAGCUCUGACCCUUCUCCUCGCCCUCCCAACACUCAUCUCAGCCUCCUGCUCAAUCCAAGGAGACGUUACAACAACCUUCUACGGCUACCCCGACAACUCCCCUCCCGGCGCAGACAUCGCAUACACCCAAUGCGGCCGCUCCGCCGCCGGCGGCACAGGCACUUACGACGACCCGCUAACAUUCGCAUCUGCAGAAGGCGAAUUCCAAAUCUGCGACGUCAUCUACGCACCUUACCUCAAGAAAUAUCUUCGGUUUGAGGAUGAAUGUGAUCAGUGUACUUCUGACUGGAAUAAUGAUGGGACCUGGCAUAUUGAUGUGUGGACGGGGAGUAGUACGCAGGAUGGAGGGCAGAAUCAGAUUGACUGCGAGGACAAUUUGACGCCGGAUUCGCAAAGUAUUAUUUUGAAUCCGGAUAGUGGUUUGGAGGUUGAUACUGCUGUUCUUUAUGAUCCGAAUAGUCAGACCUGCAACACUGGGGAUACUUUUACUGGCUAUGACGCCUCUCAGUACUGCUCUUGA